AUGCAGUUAUCAUUCAUAUUAACAUCAUCGGUAUUUAUAUUGUUGCUUGAAUUUGUCAAAGCCCUGGUUAUUUCUAAUCCAUUCAAACCAAAUGGAAACUUGAAAUUCAAGAGAGGAGGUGGUCAUAACGUUGCUUGGGAUUAUGACAAGGAUGUUAUCAGAGGUGUCAAUUUGGGUGGUUGGUUUGUCCUUGAACCAUAUAUGACACCAUCGCUUUUUGAACCAUUCCAAAACGGGAAUGAUCAAUCUGGUGUUCCAGUUGAUGAAUAUCACUGGACACAAACUUUGGGCAAAGAUGCUGCUCAGUCCAUUUUGCAGCAACAUUGGAGUACUUGGAUCACGGAACAAGACUUUAAACAAAUUAGUGAUUUGGGAUUGAACUUUGUUCGUAUUCCUAUUGGUUAUUGGGCCUUCCAAUUGUUGGAUAAUGAUCCAUAUGUUCAAGGUCAAGUUGAGUAUUUGGAGAAGGCCUUGGGUUGGGCCAGAAAUCACAAUAUCAAAGUUUGGAUUGAUUUGCACGGUGCACCAGGCUCUCAAAAUGGGUUUGACAACUCCGGAUUGAGAGAUAGUUACAAUUUCCAAAACGGUGACAACACCAAAGUUACUUUGAAUGUAUUGAAUACUAUUUUCAAAAAGUAUGGUGGCAAUAACUACUCAGACGUUGUUAUCGGUAUUGAAUUGCUCAACGAGCCAUUGGGACCAGUCUUGAACAUGGAUAACUUGAAACAAUUUUUCUUGGAUGGCUACAAUUCUCUUAGACAAACUGGAUCAGUUACCCCAGUUAUUAUUCACGAUGCUUUCCAAGUGUUUGGCUAUUGGGAUCAAUUUUUGACUGUUGCAGAAGGUCAAUGGAAUGUUGUUGUUGACCAUCAUCAUUAUCAAGUGUUCUCUGGUGGUGAAUUAUCUCGUAACAUUAACGACCACAUUUCAGUCGCUUGUAAUUGGGGUUGGGAUGCUAAGAAGGAAUCCCAUUGGAACGUUGCCGGAGAAUGGUCUGCUGCUUUGACAGAUUGUGCUAAAUGGUUGAAUGGUGUUAACAGAGGAGCUCGUUAUGAAGGUGCUUACGAUAAUGCUCCAUACAUUGGAUCUUGUCAACCCUUCUUGGAUAUUUCCCAAUGGUCCGAUGAACACAAAACUGACACGAGAAGAUACAUUGAAGCUCAAUUGGAUGCUUUUGAAUACACUGGAGGCUGGGUCUUCUGGAGUUGGAAAACUGAAAGUGCUCCUGAAUGGAGUUUCCAAACUUUGACUUACAAUGGUCUUUUCCCACAACCAGUCACUGAUAGACAAUUCCCAAACCAAUGUGGUUUUCACUGA